CUUCCUCCUUUGCAGACGGCGCAGCACUUAGGUUUGCUCAGCAGCCGCAGGCUGAGCGGGAUCAUCAUCGCCGCCGCUGCCGCCUCGGCUCGCCCUCAUGUCUGCCGCGGAGGAAACCGACGGGGCGGGCGUGGCCCGUCCCCACUACGGCUCUGUCCUGGAUAAUGAGAGGAUGACAGCCGAAGAGAUGGAUGAGCGAAGACGGCAGAAUGUGGCCUAUGAAUAUCUCUGCCACCUGGAGGAAGCCAAGAGGUGGAUUGAGGCUUGCCUAAAUGAAGAGCUGCCCCCUACAACAGAGCUGGAAGAGGGGCUCAGGAAUGGGGUCUAUCUGGCCAAACUUGGAAACUUCUUCUCCCCAAAAGUGGUAUCUCUCAAGAAGAUCUACGACAGGGAGCAGACCAGAUACAAGGCCACAGGCCUCCACUUCCGGCAUACUGACAAUGUGAUCCAGUGGCUAAAUGCCAUGGCAGAAAUUGGCCUUCCCAAGAUCUUUUAUCCUGAGACAACAGACAUCUAUGACCGGAAGAACAUGCCACGCUGCAUCUAUUGCAUUCAUGCACUUAGUUUGUACCUGUUCAAGUUGGGACUGGCUCCCCAGAUUCAGGACCUGUAUGGCAAAGUGGAUUUCACAGAGGAGGAGAUCAGUAACAUGAGGAGUGAGCUGGAGAAGUACGGAAUCCAGAUGCCUGCCUUCAGCAAGAUUGGUGGUAUUUUGGCCAAUGAGCUGUCUGUGGAUGAAGCAGCACUCCAUGCAGCAGUGAUUGCCAUUAACGAAGCCAUCGACCACCAGGUUCCUGCAGAAACCUUUGCAGCAAUGAAGAACCCCAACGCCAUGUUGGUGAACCUCGAUGAGUUCCUGGCCCCGGUGUAUCAGGGCACCUUGUAUCAGGCCAAGCAGGACAAGAUGGAAAGCGCUCGAAACAGGGUUGCCUCUGAAGAAAUGGAAAGAGAAAGGGAUGUGUAUGAAGAGCUGCUGACUCAAGCGGAGAUUCAAGGCAACGUCAACAAAGUGAACACACAUUCAGCCUUAUCCAAGAUCGAUCUGGUUCUGGAUCAAGGAGAUGCGGCAGCUCUGUAUGAAGCCUUGUCCUCUGCAGCACUGGGGCUCCGCGGGCUGCGGCGUGAGAACAGCGACUGGUAUUUCAAGCAGCUUCUGAGGGAAAAGCAGCAAAAGCAGGAGGUUGGCAAAGGCGGGCCCUUGCAAAAGGAGGAGCUGCAGGCUGGUGUGGACUUGGCCAACGGUGCGGCCCAGCAAUACGAGCAGAAGCUGGCAGCUGUGGGGAGGAUCAAUGCGGCCAUCCGCAACGGCCUGUCUGAGAAGACGGUGGUGGAGCUGAUGAACCCCGAGGCCCAGCUGCCCCCGGUCUACCCUUUUGCUGCAGAGCUCUACCAGAGGGAGCUGGCCACCCUGCAGCAGCAGAGCCCGGAUGGUAGCCUUACACAUCCAGAGCUUUCUGUGGCUGUCGAGAUGCUGUCAUCAGUAGCCUUGAUCAACCGGGCUCUGGACUCGGGGGACAUAAACAUGGUCUGGAAGCAGUUGAGCAGCCCAGUGACUGGCCUGACAAAUGUUGAGGAUGAAAAUUCCCAGAGAUACAUCGAUGACUUGCUGAAGCUGAAGGCUCAGGCACGGGCUGAAGGAACAGAAUUCAUCACGUGGAAUGACAUCCAGUCAUGUGUUGACCGCGUGAACGUUGUGGUGCAGGAGGAACAUGAGAGAAUCCUAGCAAUCGGACUAAUCAAUGAUGCUUUGGAUGAAGGAGAUUGUAAGAAAACCCUGCAAGCAUUGCAGAUUCCAGCAGCAAAACUGGAGGGGGUGACCCCUAGAGUAGCACAGCAUUAUCAGGAUGUGCUGCUCCGUACAAAGAGAGAGAAAGCCCAGGAAACUCGGGAUGAAACUGCUGUUCUCUGGUUGGAUGAAAUUCAGGGUGGAAUUCAUCAGUCGAACAAGGACACAGAGGAAGCACAAAAGUUUUCAUUAGGCAUUUUGGCAAUUAAUGAAGCCAUAGACCAGGGCGACGUUGGAAAAACGCUCAGCUUCCUGCGUUCAGCUGAUGUUGGGCUGUAUGGUGUAACCCCGGAAUGUGCAGAGACAUACCAGCAGGAACUGGCCGAAGUCAAGAGACAGAAGCUGGCUGUGGGAGACAAUGGCAGCAAGUGGGUGAAGCACUGGGUGAAGGGAGGCUACCAUUAUUACCACAGCCUGCGGACCAAAGAGGGGGACUGGGAGGAGCCGCCAGGUUUUGUGCAGAGCAGCACACAGCUGUCCCGGGAGGACAUCCAGAGCGCCAUCUCAGCAGUCACUGCUGCGUACAAUCGAGAGCAGCUCUGGCUGGCCAACGAGAACCUGAUCACCAGGCUCCAGGCAUGCUGCCGUGGCUACCUCGUGCGCCAGGAGUUCAACACCAGGAUGCAUUUCUUGAAAAAGCAAGUUCCUGCCAUCACUUGCAUACAGUCUCAGUGGCGUGGCUAUAAGCAGAGGAAGCUGUACCAGGAUCGCCUGAAGUACCUUCAAGCCCACAAGAAUGAAGCCGUGAAGAUUCAGGCAAUGACCAGGAUGUAUCAGGCCCGAAAGCGGUACAAAGAUCGGCUCCAGUACUUCCGAGAUCAUAUCAGCGACAUUGUGAAAAUCCAGGCUUUCAUCCGUGCUAACAAAGCUCGCGAUGAUUACAAGACCCUGAUCAACGCUGAAGACCCCCCGAUGGCUGUGGUCCGGAAGUUUGUCCACUUGCUGGAUCAAAGCGAUCAAGAUUUUCAAGAAGAGCUGGACCUAAUGAAAAUGCGUGAGGAGGUUGUGACCUUGAUUCGGUCCAAUCAGCAACUGGAGAAUGACCUCAACCUAAUGGACAUAAAGAUUGGGCUGCUGGUGAAAAACAAAAUCACGCUGCAGGAUGUUGUAUCUCAUAGUAAGAAGCUUACUAAAAAGAACAAAGAGCAACUCUCAGACAUGAUGAUGCUAAACAAACAAAGGGGAGGCCUGAAGGCUCUGAGCAAAGAGAAGAGGGAAAAGCUGGAAGCCUACCAACAUCUCUUUUACUUGUUGCAGACGAACCCAACUUACCUGGCAAAGUUGAUUUUCCAAAUGCCACAGAACAAAUCCACAAAGUUCAUGGAUUCUGUGAUCUUCACAUUGUACAACUAUGCAUCAAAUCAGAGAGAAGAAUACCUGUUACUGCGCCUCUUCAAGACUGCACUGCAGGAAGAGAUCAAAUCCAAGGUGGAUCAAGUACAGGAAAUUGUAACUGGAAACCCCACCGUGAUCAAGAUGGUGGUGAGCUUCAACCGCGGUGCUCGUGGACAGAAUGCCUUGAGGCAGAUCCUAGCUCCUGUUGUGAAGGAAAUCAUGGAGGACAAGUCCCUCAACAUCAAAACGGAUCCAGUGGAUAUAUACAAGUCGUGGGUCAAUCAGAUGGAAUCGCAGACAGGAGAGGCCAGCAAGCUGCCUUAUGAUGUUACACCGGAGCAAGCCCUAGCCCAUGAAGAAGUGAAGACACGCCUGGAUGCUUCCAUUCGGAACAUGCGGACAGUGACAGACAAAUUCCUGCUGGCCAUUAUUAGCUCCCUGGAAAAGAUCCCUUACGGAAUGCGCUUCAUUGCCAAAGUCCUGAAAGAUUCUCUUCAUGAAAAAUUCCCAGAUGCCGGUGAAGAUGAACUGUUGAAGAUUGUGGGCAAUCUUCUGUACUAUCGCUACAUGAACCCAGCCAUCGUGGCGCCCGAUGCCUUUGACAUCAUCGACUUGUCAGCUGGUGGACAAUUAACUACAGACCAACGGCGAAACCUCGGCUCAAUUGCAAAAAUGUUGCAGCAUGCGGCGUCAAAUAAGAUGUUCCUUGGAGAUAAUGCGCAUCUUGGUGUCAUUAAUGAGUAUCUCUCUCUCUCUUAUCAAAAAUUCAGGCGCUUUUUCCAGGCUGCUUGUGAGGUCCCGGAACUGCAAGAUAAGUUUAAUGUUGAUGAAUAUUCCGACCUGGUGACUUUGACAAAACCAGUGAUUUAUAUUUCCAUUGGAGAAAUUAUCAAUACACAUACGCUGCUUUUGGAUCACCAGGAUGCAAUUGCCCCUGAGCACAAUGACCCCAUUCACGAACUUCUGGAUGACCUGGGGGAAGUGUCCACCAUUGAAUCUCUGAUUGGAGAAGGAACAGGCAGCAUGAAUGAUCCCAGCAAGGAGAUGCUGGCUAAAACAGAAGUGUCUCUUACACUGACUAAUAAAUUUGAUGUUCCUGGGGAUGAGAAUGCUGAGAUGGAUGCAAAGACAAUUCUUCUGAACACAAAGCGUUUAAUUGUCGAUGUAAUCCGUUUCCAGCCAGGAGACACAUUGACUGAGAUCCUGGAGACCCCAGCUACUGCCGAGCAGGAGACUGAACACCAGAGGGCAAUGCAGAGACGGGCCAUUCGAGAUGCCAAAACCCCAGACAAGAUGAAGAAAUCGAAAGCAGUCAAGGAGGACAGCAAUUUAAGUCUUCAAGAGAAGAAGGAGAAGAUCAAAGCAGGGCUGAAGAAGCUGGCUGAGCUGGGCCUAGUGAACCCAAAGAACAAAUACCAGGAUUUGAUCAAUGAUGUCGCAAAGGACAUCCGGAAUCAGCGGCGAUAUCGCCAGCGGAGAAAAGCAGAACUAGUGAAGCUUCAGCAGACCUACAAUGCGCUCAACUCCAAGGCUACUUUUUAUGGGGAACAGGUGGAUUACUACAAGAGUUACAUCAAAACCUGCUUGGAUAACUUGGCCAGCAAGGGCAAGGUCUCCAAAAAACCACGGGAGAUGAAAGGAAAGAAGAGUAAGAAGAUUUUCCUGAAAUACACAGCAGCCCGACUCCAUGAAAAGGGUGUCCUGUUGGAGAUUGAGGACCUGCAAGUUAGUCAAUUUAAAAAUGUGAUAUUUGAAAUUGGUCCAACAGAAGAAGUUGGAGAUUUUGAGGUGAAAGCAAAGUUCAUGGGUGUUCCGAUGGAGACAUUCAUGCUACAUUAUCAGGAUCUGUUGCAGCUGCAGUAUGAAGGUGUGGCUGUCAUGAAGUUGUUUGACCGUGCAAAAGUUAAUGUUAAUCUUCUCAUUUUUCUGUUGAACAAGAAGUUUUAUGGAAAGUAGCACCUUUUACUGGGUGCUUCAUGAUUGCUUUGGAGAGCUUCCAUGCCCAGUGGUGGGCCAGCCGUGUCCAGCACAGAUCCACCCUCUUCAUGCGGUUCCACUGCAUUCCCAGCCCCCUGCAUCAUGCUGUAUCGCCGCACCAGCUUGUGCUUAUUUUUUCUCAAGUACUCAGCCAGUACCACCCUGAAUUAAGCCUUUGUUAGUCCCCUUGUUCAUGUUCUGGCUGCUUUUUGUCUGCAUCUUGAGCAAGAGUGGCUUUGUGGAAGGCAGUGAGCCAUCAUGAAUGUUUCGCUGAUUGGAACGUUGAGCAUGGCCCUUGCAGAGGGUGCCCGAUAGCAUCCAUCAGCACUGUGUACAGUGGCUGCCAGGAGAGCUGCACCUGAAUUUUGUAUCUCUGAUGCUUUUCCCCACUUGAGGGAACAUCGCCUAGUAUACCAGUUUAAUUAAGCUUAAAUUAAUCUGUUCCUUUAUUUCUAUUAAAAAUAAAUAUACUGCUGAUAA